AUGACUUCCGGUAAACCACUUAAGUUAUUGCAAGUGACACGAGUAUGCAGUUUUAACUGGCUUUUAAUAUUUACCAUGGCAUCAAGAAGGACAGGCAUAAUGUGUGCAGUUAGAGGUUGCCACAACAGCUGGUACAAACGCCAUAAAGUUCUUCAAGACGUUUGUUUUGACCACAAUCCACGCACCAGAGCUGAGUGUGGAUGUGGCGCACCAUAUGAUCUGCAUCCACCGCCGAAGGGGGAGGAGUCUCGUCGGCUUUGGUUAAAAGCUUUAAACUUAAAACAACCGCCGAAAUUCCCGUAUGUUUGUUCAUUCCACUUUGUUGAUAGAAGACCCACGGAAGAUCAUCCGUUCCCUGAGAAGUGGUUGGGCUAUGAUGCUCCAAUCAAGACUCCGAGGCUCGACAGGACACGUGGUCGACCAGAUGCUGAGCGAAGUCAUGUCAACACGGCACAGCCGAUGUCUCCACCACAGCAUAUUAAUAACGCAUUCAAUCAGUGUGAUGUUCAGACGUCUGCAGAUCACAGUUAUGCCUCUAAAAAAAAUCUAAUGGGGGUCCACGUUGCAACACAGUGCCAUGAAGAGCAACCCAAAUCCCUUAAUAUUCUCAAGAAUGACACUACCUGUUUAUUGUACACCGGCUUCACUCUUAGUUUGUAUAAAGAGCAUGUUAAAUAUCUGCAGCAGUUCUACACAGGUAAUUUUGAGAUGCACACAACGGAUCAAAUAACUAUGACCAUGAUGAAGCUAAAGUUGAAUUUACUAAAGGGGGACCUUGCUGAACGUUUUCAAGUGUCGCAGGAUGCGGUGAGCCAAAUUCUCUCUUACUGGAUUGACACAAUGGAGGAGCACACGAGAGCGUACGUUCCCUGGCUGCCACGAGGAACAAUCCGUGCCACAAGGCCUCGGCACUUUAUGGAAAACUUCCCGAACACCACCUGCAUCAUUGACUGCUCUGAAACGGUUCUGCAAAGAGCUCGCAAUCAGGAGUCAUAUAGUGACUAUUGUUCAAGUAAUACUUUCAAGUAUUUGGUUGCUGUUGCUCCCUCUGGACAUAUUAUGUUCAUCUCCGCCGCUUUUGGAAGCAACUGUAGUGACAAGUCGAUUACCCAAGAGUCUGGCUUCUUGGAAUAUCUUCAACCUGGCGAUGAAGUGAUGGCAGGCAGAGGCUUUAUGAUUCGAAAUUUGCUGUUUGAGAGAGGGGUAAAUCUGGUCACGCCAGAUUAUACUCACAAAGAUGGAAAAUCGUCUGAUGAGGAUGUUACGGGCACAAGAAGCAUAUUCAAUGUGAUUCAACAAGUGAUCAGACGGCUCAGGGUGUUCAAAAUUGUCUCCCAGACUGUUCCUGUUAGCUUGUCACACAAAGUGGACAAAAUCCUAAGAGUCUGUGCUGCGCUUGUGAAUAUGCAAGGGGACAUCAUCCCUGAGGAUGCAGAAUGAAAAAAAUACUACAUUGUUCACUAUCAAUCCUGUUUUUGUUUAACUUGAACUUAUGUACAUUACAUCACUGUUUUAUAGUGGUUUAAGUAAUUUUUUUGCACUUGUAAUAAUAAUACAGUGUACAUUAUAUACAAAGCAACACGGUGCUAUGGAAUAAGCAGAAAUUUGUAUUUUAAAACUCAUGCAACAGUCAUAAAAGUAACAGAAGUUAUGUAAUAGUAUUGCAACCAGUUUUCAGAUCAGCAGAAGAAAACAAUUCAUUAUUAUUUCAAAAUUAGCAACAAGUUACCUUUGAUAAAACCUGUCAUCAUUUACUCAAUCUAAUGUCAUUUCCAAUCCUUAUGACUUUUGAGCACUUAUAUUAUUUCAUGUGUUUAAAAUUUACAUAUUACCUACGAUUACUUUUAUUUAAAUUGAUAUAAAAAUAAGGCUAAGGCACUAGUAUAAUUACCUUUUUAUAGUGAAAGCCUUAGAAAAAGAUUUUGUGUACUUUACAUAAAUCAUCACAGUUAGGUUCCUAUAUUCAUGUAUUUAAAAAAUAAUAAUACAUGCCACAUUAGCUAUGAUUUACUUUUAUUGAAAACUAAACAAUACAGAAUUGUAAAAAAAUCA